AACUAUAAAAUAAUUAAAAUUAAUCAUUCCUAUCCAUUAAAUCUUAUUUGCUAAAAAAUAAAAUACCCGCUUAUGGAUCCUAAUUUAUUUUAUAAUUCUAGAUGAAGUUUAAUAAUCAUCAAAAUAUAAUUAAUGCUAAUAAAAAAACUACUAUAGAUUGCUAUUAUUCUUAAAAUAUAAACGGAGGUUCCCGGAUAAAUGAUUCUAAGAUUUACCUUCAUUUGAUAUUAGAUUCGGACAAUGAUAUCAUACAUACCCUGUAAUCUGAAUGUCGUAGCAAUAUUCUUUGUAUCUUCAUUGAUUUAUUACUCGUUGGUUUAUGGACAAAUUAUGUCAAAUAGUAGUGACUGUCAAUUUCCGUGUAGAAAUGGAAACUGCGUACUUUCUUCCGAUUUCAGGGAUGGCCAGGAUGAUUGUGGAGAUUAUUCGGAUGAAGAAUGCUUACCUUGGUAUUAUACAUGUCCAAAAACCGGUGUUUGUAUAUCAGCUCAAACUUUCGCCACUGGAAAUUAUAACUGUUCUUUAGAUGUUGAUUAUUGCUCUUCUUCGACUCUUAACGAUUGCUCUCCAUUAGCUAGAUGCGAAAAUUCAGGAAUAUUUUACAAAUGCAUUUGUUUACCUAAUAUUACGAGGGACGUAUCCAUUAAUUCUAAAUAUCCGGGGAGAGCGUGUGUCAAUAUCACUGCUCUAAAUAUCAUAAGAAACAUGGGUAAUGCUAAUAAUAGGUUCAGUUCCAAUCCAAACAACAUACAUUCAACAAUCUCUAAUACUAGUCAAGAAGAUAUUCUGACUGAUUGCGAUGGUUUUCGAUGGGGGAGAAAUAUAAGACUCUGCGUCCCUAGGUCUUACGGUAUCAUCUUGAUAUUAUUCUUGACAUUCGUCAUUGCGGCCUUACUAUUUGCUUGUUGCUUAUCAUAUUGGUUAUUCAUAAAAUUUAAAGAUAAUAGAAUCAGAGAAGAUGAAGAGAGAGUGAUGCAACCAGCUAUUAGAAGGAACGAAAGAUACACUGAUUUAGGUGGCGGGCAUGCUACCUCGAUACGGCCGGUAGGAAUGUAUGGAUUACCUAUAGAUUCUAAGGGGAGACCAGUAGUUACGAAAGAAAAUAUUAUAAUAACACCAUUGGAGCCAAUAGCGACCGAUCCUAUUGUCUUACAAGAAAAAAACAAAGCAAAAAAUAAUAAAGUAGGGCCAUAUGCGGAUGCGGCAUCGCCAUCAUCUUCGACGACAUCUUCCUCAAUAAAUCCCUUCGACAAAAAAGCGAUGAUUGUAAAGGAGUCCUUAGUUGAAGAAGGAGGGAAAAAUCAACCUCAAGUAGCCGGGAUAUUAUACGACCCUAGCAAAGUUAUCGUGACGACUAAUAAGGACGCGCCCAUUGCCCAAGAGUUAGCGGUAACUCCUAGGCGUAUUGAUAGGAGUAGCAUUGUCAAGGGAAUUAUAAAUUAUGGCAAGCAAGAAGAUGAGAAAAAAUUACAAGUAAUCAAUAAUAUACCGACUACAAAUGAAACAAAAUUUAUUGACAUACCGGUUGUAGUAUCUAAACCAGCUAUUUCUGAACCUAUUGUACGCCGAUUCGAAAUCAUUGACGACGUUAAAAAUAAUGCUUAUCUCAUAGAUAAUAAUAUAAAGUCAGAAUACACAUUAUACAGCGAUAAACCUAGUACUCCUUCUCCGCUAAAAAAGAAAACAUGGACAGAUUAUUAAAAAGUUGAACCAUGUAAUUAAUAAUAUUGACGCAAAUUUACGUAAAACUAUUAAAUUUUAUUUUUUAUUUAAUAAACUAUUCAAUGCAAAUGUUUAAUGCAAUUAUAAAAUGAAAAUUAU